AUGGCUGGGCACAGAAUUAUGGUGUGUGCGUUUGUGGCUGCACUCCUAGUAUGUGGUAUGGCUUCCCCCCGCAAAUCUCCCUCAGCCAGAGACGCUAAAGAGAGUGGGACACUGCAGCAGCUCCUGGAGAGGAGCACCAAGGACUCAGCUGGCCAACAGGAGCAGGCCGCUCAGACACACGCAGCCCGGACGGAGAGACUGACACAACUGUCGGAGGAUGAACGCGAACUUAUGACCAAACAAAUUAUGCAAGCCAUUUCAGAGAUAAUGAACUCUGAGUGCAUGUCAGACCGGGACUACAAGGGCUGGGUGGAUUUUGGACGGCGGAGCACAGAGUAG